UGCCCACUUCCCCCACUCUCUCUCUAAAAGAAUAGAACCCCAUCUUCUCUUCUUCUUCUCUCUCUCAAGAAACUCCUAUCUCCGCCGAUUGACCUUACUAUUCGACUACGCCUGCGUCGACCUCAGCCGUGUCGGCCUCGUCCGCAACCGCGCCUCUGCAGCUGCCUAGCCCCGCAACCGCCUUGUCAUCACCAUGCGCUGCUCUCAACUUGUCGGCCUCACCUCUGUCGCCGCUUCGAUAAAAACCACAACACUUGCGGCUGGGGAGGAGGCGAGUCGUCAAAUGAUGGCGGAAGAGGAAAUAAAGCCAGAUUUGGGGAACGACAUUUGUUCGAUAGAGAUAAACAAGCCUGCGCCGCCUUUACUUCCGCUGGCUUCCACCGCUGCCUUCACCGUCAAUAGCUCACGGAUCUACAUUUUGAUUAAGAUUGAUUAAGAUUGAUUCGGCAACAAUAUUUUUGUUAAAGUAUUAGUAGUGUUUUGUAUAUUAGUAUCAAUAUUUGUUCUUUGCAGUAGGUUUUACAUUUACAUUAGUGUUCUAUCUAAAAAUCAUUAGGUUCUGUUAAUUUAAAAAUACUACUAAUAACAAAAUCACUACCGACUAUCAUAAAAUCACUACAAUACAACAUCUUAUUUAAAUCACUCCUAAUUUAACCAGUAGUGGUUUUCUAGUAGUAUUUUCACGUUUUGUGAAGGAUAAGAUAGAUGAUUAAAAUUCAAUUUGUUUAAUAAAUUCAAUUUUUCAAAAAUACCAAACAUGCCCUUUAUUGCUUCUCACGGUUUAAAUCAACUUAAAAUCAAUUAACAGUGACAAAAGUGGUUAUGAUGGUGCUAACUCUUAUAAAGAGUUAGCACCUCUAACUCCUCACAUCAUGUCAUCAAACGUGUUUAAUAUGUUACCUCUGAUUUGUGGUCUUUUUACUUCGUCGAUAUAUCGGUAUAUCAAUUAAUCAUAAUUUCAAAUGAUUAAUUAUAGUAAAAAUAACUAGGUCAUUAACAACAACAAAAAAAACUAGUGAUAUUAUGCAAUAUACCCAUAUUCACAAUAAGUCCAUAAUACAUCUAUUUAACAAUACGUCAAAUUCUAAACAAUUUCUUUAUUUUUACUAAAGAUAACAAAAAUCUCGAUCUUUGUUAUUGGGUUUGGAAUCUACCCACCCAAAAUAGGCUUUGCUCUUUUUUUCUGUCAUUAGAUCACUAUGAAAAUAGUAUAAUACAAAAAACUGUAGGCUUACAACAUAACAUACUUACUUCAAAAACAAACAACAAAGUCGAACCUCGUAAAUAUUUGACGCGACAAGUACAGAUCACAACCUGCCACCAAAUGAGCCGCUCUAACACCAAAUUGAUCAACAAACCAAGGUCGCUUCUUGGCACUAAACCCAGAGAAAUGCAAAUCUCACCAAGGAUGACACCAGCUAGAGCAUCCCAACCCAUGCAUUAAACAAAUAGAACUUUGGCAUAAUUCAUAAAAAAGAACUUUUCUACUAUCCAUGAACACGCACACACCAUAAUUUGUGAUGACGGAGCGAGAUCAAACCUGGGGCCACCUGCUGCAAUUUUUUGCGCCAGCCAGACAUCUCCGGGAAUACUACAUGUCAAACCGAAUACCUCACACAUCCCGAAACGGCCUACCCCGCGACGGUACCGCUAAGUCAUCUUACCACAAAUAGAAACGUUCCACUAACCACACAGAUGACCUCCAUGAGACCAAACUCUCUAACACAAAUGCAUCACAAAACCCCUCAUAUCGUAGCGUUGGACCCUCCCAAAGAUUCAUUUGAUGAUUCGUUAAUUCCCAACGCAGCGGUGCCAUAACCUUGCAAUAAAUGUAAGUAAAGUGU